GGUAGAACAAAACCCAAAACCCUACAAAACCCUCCUCUACAUGUAAGAGAGGUGAAAGUGGUGCUCAUUCCGUUAUCGGGUCUAAAAUUUCAGAGACUGCAAAAGCUCACUCUAGUCGUCGACUCUAUCAUCUUCUCAACGCGGCUUCACUUGCUCUGAUAUAUUGGCCUCACUGCAAGUUCCAAACAUUGGAAAGGAGAAGAAGAAGAACAAGAAGAAGAUUAAGAGGAAGACGUCUCUACAACUUGAAGCCCAGGACCAGUUGUUCUAAGAGGACAAGUAUCCCACGCAAAGGACGUUGGAAGAUCAUGCCGCUCAUCUGGGAUUGAGUUACAAGCAGAUACAGAGUUGGUUUAUCCAAAAGAGGAGGAAGGAGAAGAGAGAGAAUAAGAAAAUUUCACUUCGUAGUGGAGUGGUUUCUGGAAAGAUAGUUAACGCAAUUUCUUCUUCGUCUUCAAAAUUCAGGCAGACAUCUAUGGUUAGAAACAAAAAACAAAAUCAACUUCUCCAGGAUUUGUUUAAUCCAAACUACAUACUGAAGAAGGUAUUCCGUAAGGAUGGUCCUCCCCUUGGUGUGGAAUUUGACUCUCCUCCUCCACCUGCAUUUUCCCAUUGUAAAGAUAACCAAAGAGCAACUAAAAGGCUGAAGGUUUCCAAGCAUGUUGUCACGAAUCAUACGCUUCGUAAUGCUAAAAAUGCUCCUGUGAGGAAACAUGGUAUUGGGAAAGGCUUAAUGACUGUCUGGCGGGCCACUAAUCCUCAUGGUGGAGAUUUACCUACUGGUGUUGGUUUAGCUGACAGAGAAGUCACUGAUGUAUCUAACUCAACAUUUGUGCCUCAAAAUCCACAAAUGUGGAACAGAAGACCACAACAACGAAGAACUCUGACUGGAAAAUUACGAAAUAAAGGGAAAGAAGAAAGACUUCAUCUCGUCAGAAGAAGAAAGAUGGAAUCUAACAAGCAAGAUAAUCGGAAGCUGUUGGAAAAAUCAAUUUGUGAACUUGCUUUGGAAGGAAGAGCUUCUCAAGAAAAUUUUCAUCGGAUAGCAAUGCUUGUGGAUGAUGAAGAGCUGGAGCUAAGAGAGUUGCAAUCAGUAGGUGAUACACCAAGUUCUUGUGAUCAUUUUGCUACCAGCGGACUGCAAGGUUGUUCACUAUGCAAAGACUUGUUGGCCAAGUUUCCACCAAAUUCUGUAAAGAUGAAGCAACCUUUCUGUUUACAGCCUUGGAAAGCAUCUCCAGAAAUUGUGAAGAAAUUGUUCAAGGUUUUCCAUUUCCUUUAUACUUAUUCUAUAGAUGCUGAUAUUUGCCCCUUCACUCUGGAUGAGUUCGCUCAAUCAUUUUAUGAUAAGGAUUCGUUGUUACUUGGAAAAAUUCAUGUUUCUCUUCUGAAGCUUCUUUUGUCUAAUGUCCAAGCUGAGCUUAGUGGUGGAUCUUUGCCUCAUUUGAGCAAAUCUUGCAAUUUUCUUGUGUUGUUGCACACGGUUGAAAAUCAGGAAUUUACUCUCGAGCUCUGGAAGAGAUGUCUUAAUCCUCUUACAUGGACAGAGAUACUGCGACAAGUGUUGGUUGCAGCUGGUUUUGGGUCAAAGCAAGGUUCAGUGAGGAGGGAUGCCAUUAGCAAGGAAAUGAAUCUUAUGGUGAAUUACAGUCUACGUCCUGGUAGUAUGAAGGGGGAACUAUUUAAAAUUUUGUUAGAGCAAGGAAAUAAUGGGUUGAAAGUUUCUGAGUUGGUGAAGUCUUUGCAGAUGGUCGACUUGAAUCUUGCCAACACAACUGAGGAAUUGGAGUCCUUAAUAUGCACAGUGCUAUCAAGUGACAUAACAUUAUUUGAAAAGAUUUCUUCAUCCACCUAUCGUCUCCGUAUUGAUUCUGUUAUGAGGAAGUUUGAGGAUUAUCAGUCAGACACAGGCUCUGGAGCUGUUGAUGAUGACCCUAGUGAGAAUGCUACAUGUAGCAGUGAUGAUGAUUCUGGGUGUGAUGCUGGAAAUUUCAGUCUAAGAAGACUCAAGUAUAUGAAUUGUCAUAAAAGUAACGUGCUUAAGGUGUACACAGAAAUUGAUGAGAGCCAUUCUGGGGAAGUAUGGUUAUUAGGACUGAUGGAAGGCGAAUACUCGGAUUUAAGCAUUGAAGAAAAGUUGAAUGUAUUAGUCACUCUAAUAGAUCUUCUCCGUGCAGGGUCCAAUAUAAGAAUGGAGAAUCCUACAAAAGCUGCUGCUGAAUGCUUUCCUAACAUCCACAAUUCUGGUUCGGGAGCUAAAAUAAAGAGGUUCACAGCUAAGCAGCCAAGCCUGCCAAGGUCUUGUUGGGACCAUGUCGAACAAAUACAUGGGGUAAAAGAGUAUGAAAUGGAUUCUUCAGCAUCAAUCUUGAAGUUCUACCAGAAAUCCUUUGGCAAAGGUUCUGGAAAAGAAACAGAAUCUGGCAUUGGUUCACACCCAAUGCAGUCUGUGUUUUUGGGGUCCGAUCGUAGAUAUAAUCGAUAUUGGCUUUUCCUGGGCCCAUGUUGUGGAAAUGAUCCGGGCCACAGGAGAGUUUACUUUGAAUCUUCUGAAGAUGGUCAUUGGGAGGUUAUUGACACUGAAGAGGCUUUAUGUGCCUUAUUGUCUGUUCUGGAUGACCGUGGCAAACGAGAAGCUUUCCUUAUUGAAUCUUUGGAGAGACGACGAGCAUUUUUGUGCCAAGCGAUGUCAAGUAAAAUGGUAACCAAUACUGGACCAAGGCAGUUGACACAAUUUGAUCAAUUUGAGGUGGACAUGGUUGGAGAAGACAGUUAUUCUCCAGUAUCUGAUGUAGAUAACAACCUUGCACUGUCUGAUAGUGCUAAUAAUUCUUUGCCUUCAUCUGGGGCUGUAAUUCUUGAAGUUGGAAAGAAGGGAGAAGAAGAACAAAAACAAAACUGGAGCCGUCUCCAAGAAUUUGAUUCAUGGAUAUGGAAUUCCUUCUACUUAGAACUUAAUGCGGUGAAGCAUGGUAAAAGGUCGUAUUUUGAUACGCUUGCUAGAUGUGAUUUUUGUCAUGAUCUGUACUGGAGAGAUGAGAAGCACUGCAGAAUAUGUCAUACCACAUUUGAGGUUGAUUUUAAUCUGGAAGAAAGAUAUGCCAUCCAUGCAGCCACAUGUAGGAAGCAAGAAGCUAUUCUUAUGUUUCCAAAGCACAAGAUCCUAUCAUCACAGAUCCAGUCACUUAAAGCUGCAAUCCAUUCAAUUGAGUUAGUUAUGCCUGAAGAUGCAUUGGUAGGUGCUUGGACAAAAUCUGCCCAUAAGUUAUGGGUGAAACGGCUCAGACGAACGACAUCUUUGGCAGAGCUUUUUCAGGUUCUUGCUGAUUUUGUUGGUGCCAUAAAUGAGGACUGGUUGUGUCAGUGCAAUGUUGUACAAGAUUCUUAUAUACUUGCCGAAGAAAUCAUGGCAUGCUUCACAUCUAUCCCCCACACCACAUCAGCAGUUGCACUUUGGUUGGUAAAAUUGGAUGCCUUAAUUGCACCCCUACUUGGAAAGAACACAUCCUGAAAAAUUAGCACGAAUUGGCUAUUAGAAGUAAAGGGUAAUCAAACUUUCAAGGCAGUGCCUCCACAUUCAGGGUCUUAUUUGGUUAUGAAACGGUAACUGUCAAUUUGAGAAAUGGAGCUAACUCCUUUUUCUUGCCAAAUGGAAGAAGCAGCUGCAAGCUUUUGUGAAACUAAGGGACAUCAAUUUUGUUUCUUUUUUGCAUCGAAGAGGAAGGUGAUGAUCGUAAAAAGUUGUGUUUUUUACUUCGUUGAUUGAUCAUUGUUGCCAUAUAAUGGAUACUGAGUAAUUAGAUGUACAGAAAUCAGGAAAAUGGACUGGCUUUGUAAAUCAAGUUUUCAUCUGUAUAAUCUUUGGAAUAAAGGAGAUUUUCAACUCUGAAUACCUCAUGCCUUGAAGGUUCAAAUUUUGUCGGUGUCUGAUUUUUUAGUUGUUUGAUGCGAGAAUGAAUUUUUGUCCAUGUACAGUCAAAAUAUAUGCAAAGAAAAUGGUUUGAUUUGAA